UAGAGGCUGCGGCACCGCGGUGCCCCGCCAUAGACCUUCCGACACACAAUGGAUGGGAAUAAAUUCGACCUUGAAACUGGUGAAUUUCAUAAACACGGUCUUCCGCGGCGGAACGGCGUGUUGUUCGUCGCUCCAAGAAUCGCCGGUGCGGAUGAAAUUGUUAUUGUUUUUGUUUUUUUUCUUUCUUCUUUUUUCAGGUAAAACAACACCAGUCCUCCGGAAGUCGAUGUUCGCCGCUUGUUAGGUUAGAUUAUCUUGCACUUUUUAACGACGUUGCAAAGAUCGGAGUAGGACACCGACAGGAUAUGAAAUAGCGCUAAUAUUGUAGAGAUUCGUUUAUCGCUGGAUUCAGGAUGGUGAAAAACUCCCUCGGAUCCGAGUGGACACACGGGUCAUCGCGAUGCACGCGCACAAGUUAUCCACCGAAAUUUUUACACUCCGCCGCGAUCGUUCCACAGAGAUGAAUAUCGGCGAUCGAAAUAUCGGAUCCGCGUUCCCACCGUUCGACAAAAAUCGUCGCUUCCACCGUCCCCGAGAUGAGGAAGAGAAAAAAGAUGUCGGCAUUGUCGGCGCGCAGAAUUCGUUGUAGAAAAAUCUGUGUAAAAAUUGAGCCGGGAAAAAAAGCGUGUAAUUAUACACUCCUUUCAUGUUCGUGGCCGUUCGGUUUUUCAGGCGGUGGAAAAAUUUGCCAUUUUCGAGGGGACGGGUGAAAAAAAAAAAACCGACAAAACUUCCGCCGCGUUCGUCGCAGUCUUCGGAGCAUAACGCAGAUAUGGAUUCGGAAUCGUGGUGCGAAAGUGAGAGUGAGAGCGUGGAGAUUACGAUUCAUGUAUAUUAUUUGUGCGAUAUACCUACCUGUAUAUAUAACCGGUAGAUAGCAGUUUAUAACUUUCCAUGAAGCAAUGUACGUGUAUAAGGUACGCGUAUAAUGUGCAAAGGCACGAAAAAUACAUUGUCCGGGUACUACGUACGUACCUGUAUCAAAGGUAUGCGGCGACGAACGUAAACUCUGUAGAUAAAUUACUGUGUUUAACAUUGAGACAUCCUACGACCACCGACGCGAGCGAAUUUCAAUGCAGGUGUAAGCGCAACGCCGCUCGUUGUAACGCCGGUGUGUAGAUUUCACACGUACUGCCACCCGUACACAGAAACAAUGUGCAUGCAUAACUUGCGCGUGUAUCACCGUUACACACUGUACAGUCGAUUCUUGCGUAAUACGAAAACGAGCUAUCGACGUACGGGGUGGUUGAAAAAAUCCAAAAAACGAUAUCGUGACCGGAGAUUACCAAAUUUUCGCGAUUCCGACAAGUUUUUGGAUCGUCCGGUUUUUAUCGAACGAAAAUUGUCGCUCGUUUCAGUUUUUGAUGAAUUUUCGAAAACUGGCCGGCUCAUUUAUUCCUUUUUUGUUUUCUCAUUUUUUUUUUUGGUCACACCGCAUUUGCGAUUCUCGCCUGGGAUUUCGCUCGAGACUCUUGCAAAAAGUUCUGAGGAAUCGAAGAAAGAAGAAUAAAUUUCGUCGAGCGAAAAAUGACGUGUGUGAGUAAAAAUUCCCGCCGGCUACGUGAAUCCCCGCGUAUCGUAUACUUCGGCGUAAUAUCGUCGGAGGAUGAGGAGGUCGUUCACUGCGGUGCAAGAUUGCUAAUGAUUCCCAAUAACGAUGAAUAUACAUGAAACCGAUUAUAAGCGUAGAUUGACCUGUCCCAAUCCGGCUGUGUCGUAAUAUUUAAUCGAGAUACGUGUUCGGAUGCGUCAGAACUCAUCGCGGGAAUAACCUCGACCGAUCUGAUUUUUACAUAGUCGGAAUGAGGUAAAAUCCGAUUAGAACGCGCCCUUCGCGGAAUCGCGAAGGUCGACGAUCGUCUACCCUCGAAAAUCGAGCGGCUACGACGAAUGCUUUCGCCUCUGAAAAUCGCCGGGACUGUUCAAAAAAUGUGAAACUAAAAUUUUUUCAUUUUUUUGCAUUAAAUUUUUUAUUCCGCAACGUUGCCCGAAUCGGUGACGAGAGAAAAAAAAAAACCGAAAGGUAAAUUAACCGAUGACUGAAAUGAGGUAAUCAGAUUCGAAAGAAUUAUACAAAGUUUCCAAUUAUAGAGAACAAAAAAAAAAAAAACAAACAAAAAAAAAAUACCCAAACUGGAUGGGAAUAUCCGUACCGUGAUUUUGAGCUACUUGCGGCUACUUUCACACGACAAUUCUGGUGUACGAGGUGAUCGAACCGAUUACGUGAUUUUCAGGAGCAUAAAUACAUGGUUCCUCUUUUAUUUCUCUCUUAUUCUUUUCAUUUUUUCUUUUUCUUUUUCUUUUUCUUUCUCUUUUUUUUUCUUUGCAGAGAAAUCGGAGAACAUUAACGUCAAAAUCGAACGUUCGAUUAAUAAGUUACCUGUAGUAACUCUACACAAUACAAGCGUACUCCGAUCGAUUGCAGCGCUGCGUUGGGCCCAAUUUGCCUUAAACUUUCUCAUUUUUGUUUGCCGCCUCGGGGGCCUGCAGCAUAAAUUGUAAUACCGUAGGUACGUACCUACCGACUAAACGCGUGCAUCGCGUGCUAUAAAAUAAAUGACUCGCUUUUAGAUCUUUCUAAUACGUGAAAGAGAACGAAUGAGAAACCGAUAACAUCGAUACAUCCACGCACGGCUCUGGGAGAAUGUGAAUUUUUUUUGGGCCCUAUUUUCAGCGCAGUUGUCGAAAACUAAAAAACGAAAAACAAAACAAAAAAGGAGAGACACCUCAACUUGCCCAACGGUACAUACAGGCGACACGCGAGCUAACGUCGAUCCUUUCGAAUAUCUGAAUUUUAAGGAGAGAAACAAAUGAAAUGAAAUCGUGAAUCGAGAGUCGUCAUUGUCGCGAUCGGAAUAAAGCGAAAGAAAAAGGAAUGGAAAAAAGAGUAAACUCGGUUGUGUACAUUUCGCAUUCCAGGUAACAUAAUUUCGCCGCGAUACAGGUAUACGUCACGGUGCACGGUCGAUCGUGUUUACGGCAGAAAAUACACGGGUAUGUUCGAGCAGAAGGCGUCAUAAUAUCGUCGACCGCAACGGUAAUAACUAUUAAACCGAAGAAUCUUGAACCGAACACGUAACCGCAUCGCGCGCCGUCUUCCGAGAACGAUCCCCGAAAUUAUCCAAACAUCCGAAGUUAUUGAAAAAGAAAAAAAAACAUUUGCACGAUUAUUUCCGACGAGGAAACUACGUAUUUCGGGGACUCGGACGACGCUGACCUCCGCGAAAUAGACGAAAAAUAGACGAAGAUAUCCCCGCUUCCGAAUUGUCGUAGGAAAUGAAAAAAAAAUUUGCUGCAAUGUUUGUUCGCUUUUUCAGCUAAUACUAUUCGGCGAUGAUUCAGCGUCGGAAUUUACAGAAAAAAAGUCGUCAAAAAAAAAACAAAAAAAGGGUGGAAGCGUCGACAGCGGUAGUCAAGUCUGCACGCACCGAGGACCACGUGAGAAAGAACGGGUAUCCAUCCCUACUUAACGUCAGAGAUCGCGAGGCGGGAACGAUCGAGGACGUCAAAGUUUGCCAAACUGGGAAUCGCGGACAGUAAGUGGUCCGACUUCGGGAGAACAGCACCUGCACACCGCGUCUACUCCCCGGAGCGCGCCUUGUCAAAACACGGCUACGGAAGGAGGAAAAUCGGCCGAUUUUUUUUCUCGCUCCUCAUCCUCGUCGCUCGUUAUCGGUAUAAUACCGCACGUCGCAUGCGGCAGAGCCGCGGUUUUCGACCAGAACGGUUACCGGGAUUGCGGCCGGUAGCUAAUCAACGAUCGUCAUCGGCCGAUCGUAAUUCUCCGAAUUUUUAAACCCGUUACCCGACCCCCCCUCCCCCCUCUCUCUGUGCACUCGCCUCAUGAUCCUUUUAUCGCCGAAGACUACUACCGAUUUUUAAUCGCGCGCGACUCGAGGAUCGGAAUCGGCAAAAGAAUCGGCAAAAAAAAAUCGGCAAAAAAUCGGCGCCGAUCAGACGUCGCCGAUUGAAUCAAUUCCCGUCGAGAUGAGAAUGACACAAGCGGACCGAAUCGGUUGAUUCAAAGAUCGCGAAAAUCGGCACGGGACCGAUCGAAAUCGUUUAAAAUUCUCGAUGACGUUAGUCCACUGUCAAAAGUGAAUCUCGUCGACACUGGUGAACAGCUGAGGCGCGUCUGGUUCGAUCUGUCAAACGAUUUCGGCAGCCGCGCAAACGAUCGGAAUUUCGGAUCGGCGGUAAAAAUACCCCGCGGAUCCGACGGUGCAGGUCGCACGUGCUCGGCUAGACGCCGGCCAUAUUGGAUUACUAUGUGUACACAAGUGGAUACGUGAAUUUCAAAUAUUAUUGUAGCAAAAAGUAUUCGAUUAUCCGAAUUGUGGCACAUCUGGAUAACCCGAUUAGAUCAUCCGGAUCCUUGAGUCGUUCGAUUGCCGUCUUCUGUCGAGCGACUGUUUCAUUUCGCCGUUAAUUUUGGUGCGACACGAUUUGAGAAGGAACCAAAAAAACGAAGGCGAUAAAAAUCAUCAUGGUAUCGCGACAGGUCGGAAAGCAGAAUCCAACGUUUCUCGAUGACGACGGAACGGGGAUCACGGAUCUCGGCAAGGAGAUCCAGAGGGACUACGACGGGCCGAAUUUCGGAUCUUACGACGAACCAGGAAAAAAUCCCGGAUCGACGCUGGCGCCGAAGGAACAACUGCGCAUCGCCGAAGUAGGAGGAGGAGACGAGGAGGAACGGGCGACCUGGGGAAACGGUUUGGAGUUCCUGAUGUCCUGCAUAGCGAUGUCGAUAGGUCUCGGCAACGUUUGGCGUUUCCCGUUCACGGCAUACGAAAACGGAGGCGGCGCCUUCCUCAUCCCCUACAUAAUAGUCCUCUUCGUAAUCGGCAAGCCUUUCUACUACCUCGAAAUGAUCAUGGGACAGUUCACGAGCAGGUCGUCGGUAAAAAUGUGGACGUUGGCGCCCGGAUUCAAGGGGGUCGGAUGGGCCCAGAUGGUAUCCAUGCUGUCCGUCGGGACCUACUACUGCUCGCUGAUGUCCCUCACGCUUUUUUAUCUGGUGAAAAGCUUCAGCGCCGAAUUGCCCUGGUCGACCUGCGCCCCGGAAUGGGACAACUGCGUGGACUCCGUGAGGUCGAACGACUCCGUUGUAUCGGCGAAGGACAACGCGACCCUCAGAAGUUCCGCGGAACUUUAUUUCACGAAGACCGUGCUCAGGGAGAAGGAGAACAUCGACGACGGAAUCGGACUUCCGGACUGGCGACUGACCGUAUGCUUGCUGUUCGCUUGGCUCUGCAUAUUCGGCGUACUCGCCAGGGGGGUCAAGGGGUCCGGGAAGGCGGCCUACUUCCUCGCCAUAUUCCCCUACAUCAUAAUGAUAGCGCUGCUGAUAAGGGCGGUGACGUUGGAGGGCGCCAUCAACGGGAUAAUAUUCUUCAUAAAACCGAAUUGGGAGAAACUCUUCGAUCCGAACGUCUGGUACGCCGCCGUGACGCAGUGUUUCUUCUCGCUGAGCGUCUGCUUCGGCGGCGUGGUCAUGUACUCUUCGUACAACGAGUUCGAUCACAACAUAUACAGGGACGCGAUGGUCGUCACCACUCUGGACACCUUCACGAGCCUCAUAGCCGGCUUCACGAUAUUCGGUAUACUUGGAAAUUUGGCCCACGAAUUGGGUACCGACGACAUAAGCAAAGUGGUCCGCGGCGGUACCGGAUUGGCUUUUGUCUCCUAUCCGGACGCAAUUGCCAAAUUCUCGAUACUCCCCCAGGCAUUCUCCUUUCUAUUUUUCCUGAUGCUGUACGUCCUGGGUAUCGGAAGCGCGAUCGCACUGGCCGGCGGCAUCAACGCCGUGAUCUGCGACCAGUUUCCGAGCUGGAAGUCCUGGCACGUCGUCCUCGGAACGUCGCUCUUUGGUUUUUCCGUAGGAAUGGUCUACUGCACUCCCGGCGGUCAAUUCAUCCUUGGGCUCGUCGACUACUACGCGGGGUCCUUCAUCGUCUUCGUGCUCGCCACCUUCGAGGUCACCGGAAUCUUCUGGGUGUACGGCCUGGAAAAUUUCCUGGACGACGUCGAGUUCAUGCUGAACAGGCGGCCUUCCGUUUACUGGAGGAUUUGCUGGGGCGUCGUGACGCCGUUUCUUCUGGCUGCUAUCCUCAUCUACACCAUCGCCAUUAUGGAACCGCUGAAAUACGGCGGCAUUCCGUAUCCAGACAGCGCCCACGCCGCCGGAUGGUUAAUGAUGAGUUUCGGGGCACUCCAGAUUCCAUUUUGGAUGAUAGUGACGAUGAUAACGAAGCGUGAUUUGGGAUUCUCCAAGAUGAUUUCAGCGACUUUCGAACCGUCGAAGCAGUGGGGGCCAAAGAAUCCAACGCGACUCGCGUCCUGGCGCGAAUUCAAGGAACGUGCGCGGAAAAGGAGAGCGGACAGAACGGCUUCAAGGCCGAAACAAAUCCUUUACGUUCUCUUGGGCCGCGAGGACAAACUGUAAUUAACUUCAUUAACCUUCGACGCCAGGGCCGUGACCAGGAUUCCGACGAAGCGAUCAAAUGAUCUUCGUGAUUCGGAAAUUUGUCCCGAACACGAUAGAAGUAGUGCAAAAACUUUUUUCUUAAAAAGCACAGUGAUUUUGACGACGAGAAGCUCUUUGUUUAGAAUUAGUAUACCUACCGUGUAGACCUCAUGAACAAAGAAAGAGAAAAAUGAAAAAUGCCUAGUGUUGAUGGAAUCGAAGCGUGAUCGGUGACAGUGUCAGUGAUGUGUCUUCGAGUCAAACUACCAAUCAAGUUCAGCGUAAGUUUGAAUUGCAAGACAAAUACCAAUCAAGUUCAGCGUAAGUUUUAAUUGCAAGACAACUACCAAUCAAGUUCAGCGUAAGUUUGAAUUGCAAGACAUCUACCAAUCAAGUUCAGCGUAAGUUUGAAUUGCAAGACAACUACCAAUCAAGUUCAGCGUAAGUUUGAAUUGCAAGACAACUACCAAUCAAGUUCAGCGUAAGUUUGAAUUGCAAGACAAAUACCAAUCAAGUUCAGCGUAAGUUUUAAUUGCAAGACAAAUACCAAUCAAGUUCAGCGUAAGUUUGAACUGCAAGACAACUACCAAUCAAGUUCCGCGUAAGUUUGAAUUGCAAGACAUCUACCAAUCAAGUUCCACGUAAGUUUGAAUUGCAAGACAACUGCCAAUCAAGUUCAGCGUAAGUUUGAAUUGCAAGACAACUGCCAAUCAAGUUCAGCGUAGGUUUGAAUUGCAAGACAUCUACCAAUCAAGUUCAGCGUAAGUUUGAAUUGCAAGACAACUACCAAUCAAGUUCAGCGUAAGUUUGAAUUGCAAGACAAAUACCAAUCAAGUUCAGCGUAAGUUUUAAUUGCAAGACAACUACCAAUCAAGUUCAGCGUAAGUUUGAAUUGCAAGACAUCUACCAAUCAAGUUCAGCGUAAGUUUGAAUUGCAAGACAACUACCAAUCAAGUUCAGCGUAAGUUUGAAUUGCAAGACAAAUACCAAUCAAGUUCAGCGUAAGUUUUAAUUGCAAGACAACUACCAAUCAAGUUCAGCGUAAGUUUGAAUUGCAAGACAUCUACCAAUCAAGUUCAGCGUAAGUUUGAAUUGCAAGACAACUACCAAUCAAGUUCAGCGUAAGUUUGAAUUGCAAGACAUCUACCAAUCAAGUUCCACGUAAGUUUGAAUUGCAAGACAACUGCCAAUCAAGUUCAGCGUAAGUUUGAAUUGCAAGACAACUGCCAAUCAAGUUCAGCGUAAGUUUGAAUUGCAAGACAACUGCCAAUCAAGUUCAGCGUAGGUUUGAAUUGCAA